GAGCGUACAGUUCCCCCUGGAUAAUAAUAAGUUAGCUAAUGGAUUUAGAUGCGUUGUGUUGGGAGAUUAAAUGAAAUCGACUUUGGAAUGAAGGGGCAUUCGAGUCAAGAAGAAGGACAAGGACGUGCUUGAAUUAUCGGUGUUUCUCAAAGGUUUUGUUAUGGGGUAUUCACAGAGUAAAGAGGAUAAAGCCCCAGCAGAGAAAACUGAGGGUUCCUCCUCUCCUGCCCAAUGUGCAGACCAAAAGGGACAGUAUGGACCUGAGCCCACAAACACCAGCCAGAACCAGGUUCAGCACAAAAGUCUACCUAGUGAUGCAAAUAUCGUCACAGACACCUGCACACUCAUGCCUUUUGCUGGUGCAGAAAAUGUGACACCUUUUGAAGAUGCUUCCUCCAAUCCAGCAUGGGGCAGUACUGUACCUUUGACCAUAACGGGUGGAGUCAGUUUGUUUGUCGCACUGUAUGAUUAUGUAUCCAGAACAACAGAGGACCUGUCAAUGAAAAAAGGAGAGCGAUUUCAGAUCAUUAACAACACUGAUGGCGACUGGUGGAAGGCUUGUUCUUUAAGGACUGGUGAAGAAGGCUACAUCCCCAGCAACUAUAUGGCUCCAUCUGGCUCCAUUCAGGCUGAGGAGUGGUUCUUUGGGAAGAUGGGACGUAAGGAUGCAGAAAAGCUCCUCCUUCAACCAGGGCUCCAGCAAGGUGCAUUUUUAGUGAGGGAGAGUGAGAGCACUGAAGGUGAAUUUUCUUUGUCUGUGCGUAUCUGGGAAGAGGGUCAGGGAGACACAGUGAAACACUACAGAAUUAAAUCCCUGGAGAGUGGAGGAUAUUACAUCACAGCACGGACUCAAUUCAGUACACUCCAAAACCUUAUCAACCAUUAUUCAGCUCACGCGCAUGGGCUAUGCCACAGGCUGACGGGAGUGUGUCAGACGAUACAGCCUCACACACAGGGCUUGGGUAAAGAUACAUGGGAGAUAACCAGAGACUCUCUCUCUCUGGAGGUUAAACUAGGUCAGGGCUGCUUUGGAGAAGUUUGGUUAGGCACAUGGAUGAGGACCACUAAAGUAGCAGUGAAGACCCUGAAGCCAGGCACGAUGUUUCCAGCAUCUUUUCUCCAAGAAGCUCAGAUCAUGAAGAAGCUUCGUCAUGAUAAACUAGUGCAACUCUAUGCUGUAGUAUCAGUGGAACCUAUUUACAUAGUGAUGGAGUACAUGAGCAAAGGCAGUCUUCUCAUGGUCCUCACACAGGAACAAAGGAAACCACUUCAGCUUCACAAGCUAGUGGACAUGGCAAUGGAGAUCUCAGAUGGGAUGGCCUUUAUUGAGAGGAUGAACUAUAUCCACAGAGACCUGAGGGCGUCCAACGUCCUGGUCUCUGACAAUAUGGUGUGUAAGAUCGCUGACUUUGGCUUGGCCAGACUUAUUGAGGAUGAUGAAUACACUGCCAGGCAGGGUGCCAAAUUUCCAAUAAAAUGGACUGCGCCUGAGGCUGCCCUUUAUGGGAAGUUUAGUAUCAAAUCUGAUGUGUGGUCCUUUGGGGUUCUACUCACUGAAAUCAUCACCAGGGGAAGAGUCCCUUAUCCAGGUAUGCUGAAUCGGGAGGUAGUGGAACAGUUGUGUUGUGGCUAUCGUAUGCCUUGUCCUCCAGAAUGCCCAGCCUCCUUGCAUGAGUUGAUGCUGCAGUGCUGGAAGAAGGAGCCAGACCAGAGGCCCACGUUUCACUACAUUAAGACCUUUUUAGAGGAUUUAGCAGAUCACUUCAAUGCAACAGCCUGAAGAGGAACUGUGAUACACACAUACAAGGAUUCAUACAGAACUGAUUUAUUGAAACCAACAAACUGGCCUGAGAAAGUGCUUGUGGGUUUGGAACAGUACCCAAAUAUAUCAUCUCUAACCAUCUAAAAAGGAUUUGUGAGAAUUAUUUAUAACAGGGGCUCUGUGAUCACAGUUUAGCCUCUGUGAGUCAGAGGAAGACUGUGGAAAAUUUGAUAUGCUCAUUAACCUGAUCUCACACACACACACACACACACACACACACACACACACACACACACACACACACUGCAAAAUGCUGGGAUUCCUAGAUUGAUGGGGGCAUCAAUAAUAUUUGAAUCAUAAACUGCU